AUGCUCAGCCUGCAGGCCCAGCAGGGCAGAGAACUUCAGCUGGUGCUGCCGUGCACACCGUGCCGCCUCCCCGCUGCUGUCCCCAGUGCCGGCGCUGGCCCUGCUCCCCGCCUCCGCUGCGCCGGACCCAUGCAGCUGCUCAGGGUCCUCCUCCUCCUCCGGAUGCUCAGGGUCUCCCUGGCGGCCACAGCCUCCCACUCACUACUUCGUGUUUCUCUCUCAUCACCUUUCCCUAGAUUGAGUACUUCUAGUAGUGCAAUAAGUACCCCUUUCAGUACCAUCAUCUCCUCUUCAAUACCCGCAAUAACAAUAUCAUCUCUAUCUCCCUUUGGCACAAGUUCAAUGGUCUCUACGACAAGUAAUUCUUUUCCUACCUCCUCUCGUAUGUCCAGUGCAGAAAACUCAGGGUCUUCUUCUGUCACUGCUUUUCCUUCUCUUUCAACAUCUGAACCUACCAGAACUUCUCCCACCAUGUCUUCCCUAAUGACCUCUCCUACCCAAACCACCACCAUGUUGACUCUUGCUUCCACUACCCAAUGUCCGGAAUCAAUAUCGGUUACAAUAGUGUCUGCUUCUCCCACUACACCAUGUACAGAGGUGGGUCCAAAUCCUGAAGUUACUGCUCCAGUCACCAUCCCAUUAUCAGUUUUUACCUCUACUACUGAGAUGGCCACCUCUCCCAGUUCCACCAUGAGGACAACUGUGUUCCCUGCAAAAACGGACACUUUUACAUCCAUUCUGGAAACUGACCCCACCAACAUGACAGAUGCUGCCAGUCCUGUCAGCCCUGGAACCACCCCCGUUAACACGGAUUCCACCAGCACACAAAGACCCACCAGUGGGACCCGGAUCAGCUCAAACUUCGUAACCACCUCCCAUGUGCCCAGCUUACCUAGCCUCCCAGAGACCCUGAAACUAAGUAGAUGCUUUUCAACUGCCAUGAGGACUUCAAGCAAGUUGACACACCCCACCUCACCCAUCACCAGCACUCCAGGGAGGCCGGUAAUUACCACCAAGACCCUCUCCACCCUUCCGUCAUCUAGCACAACUUCAACCACGACUCAGAUGACCACACAGUCUAGCCUGAUCACAACACCAGGUUGCCCUUGUGAGUAUGGUGGCACCUGGAUGCAGGGCCAGUGCUUAUGCCCCAGCACUUUCUCUGGCUCCCACUGUGAGUUUGCUGUGGAACAGAUAGAUCUGGACACAGUGGAAGCGGAAGUGGGCAUGGAGGUGUCUGUCGACCAAGAGUUCUCCCAUGACCUCAAUGACAACACUUCUAAGGCCUACAGGGAUUUCACGAACACCUUCCAGGAUCAGAUGAAGAAGGUUUACCAAAAUGUGCAGGGCUUCAAGGAGGUGGUGAUCCUUUCUCUGAGGAAUGGCAGCAUUGUGGUGGACUAUCUGGUCCAGGUGGAGUUACCCUUCAGCGUCCAGCUAGAGAGCGAGUAUGAGAAGGUGAAAGUGGCCUUGAAGGAGGAGCUCCAGGAUGUCAGCCAGGACGCAGACAGCUGCCAGAAUGACCAAGUCCUGUGUUUUAAGCCUGACUCCAUCAAGGUGAACAACAACACCAGGACGGAGCUGACCCCGGAAGCCAUCUGUCGCCGCGCUGCUGCCCCGGGCUACGAGGAUUUCUACUUCCCCCUGCUGGAGGAGAACAAGCUCCGCUGUGUCACCAAAUGCACGGCGGGCGUGGACGGCGCCUUGGACUGUCAUCAGGGCCAGUGCGUUCUGCAGAGGAGCGGUCCUGCCUGCCGCUGCUUCUCCACGGACACGCACUGGUUCUCGGGCCCGCGCUGCGAGGUGGCCAUCUCCUGGAAGGCGCUGGUGGGAGGCCUGGCGGGGGCCGCGGCGCUGCUGCUGCUGCUGCUGCUGGUGGCGCUGGGCAUCUUCGUCGCGCGCUCCCGGAGGAGGGGCGGCCAAGGCGGAGGCCGGUCCUGGGACGACAGGAAGUUGUUCGAGACCUGGGAUGAGAAUAUCGUGGGGACUCAUUCUAUAUCGGUCUCCGAGGAUGACGGAACAUUUAAAGAUGAGAACGUCCAUGUGGCCUUGGAGAAUGUGGACACGAAUGUGACGGUGAGGGGGCAGGUGGGGGUGGUGAAGGCGCACUUCCAGAAGUGA